UAUUACAAAAUCUCAAAAAUAACCAUCAUCUUGCACUCAUUAUGCCUGCAAUCAUUCUCUUUUGGUUGCCUCACCCGCAUGACCCCCUCUUCACUCUCUCUUCCCCUUCACCCCCCAACUAUAUAUAUACACUCACUCUCCUGUAUCACAUGAUCAAUACUCUCCCUUCUUCAAAACACACACAUCAAUUCAAUUCUUGAUCGAUCCAAUGGCAGCCUCGGGGUUCGAAGGGUUCGAGAAGCGGCUCGAGCUCCGCUUCUCCGGCGCGCCCGAGAAGAAGGGCCUCCGCCGCCUGGACUUCUCCAAAAUCGAGAAAGUCCUGCACGCAGUGCAGUGCACGGUGGUCUCAGCCGUGGGGAACACGCACUUUGACUCAUACGUACUGUCAGAGUCAAGCCUGUUCGUGUACCCCACAAAGAUCAUCAUCAAGACAUGUGGGACCACCCAGCUCCUCCAAUCCGUCCGCCCAUUGGUGGACCACGCGUCCACCCUGGGCCUCACCAUCCGCGCCUGCAGGUACACCCGCGGCUCCUUCAUCUUCCCCUCCGCCCAGCCCUACCCCCACUCCUCCUUCAAAGACGAAGUCCUCUACCUCGAGGACAAUCUCCCCAAACACCUCUCCAUCAAAAAGGCCGCCGUCAUCACCUCCAAAUCCCCCCACAAAUGGCACGUCUUCACCGCCUGCGGUUAUACAACCGCAGACAAUUAUAAGGAUAAUGGUCUAUUCACAGUAGAGAUUUGCAUGACCGACCUCGACCGGGUCCUGGCCAGGAACUUCUUCCGCCGCUUCAACGACGCCAGGACCGGGGACUCGGCCGGGGCGGAGAUGACGGACGCCACCGGGAUCAGGAGCGUGAACCGGAACGCGCUCAUCUGCGACUACGCAUUCGACCCGUGCGGCUACUCCAUGAACGGGAUCGACGGCAGCCGCUACUCGACUGUCCACGUCACCCCCGAGGACGGGUUCAGCUACGCCAGCUUCGAGUCGGUCUACGGAAGCCGGGAGGAGUUUGUCGAGGCGCUGCAGAAGGUGGUCAAGGUCUUCCGCCCGGGGGCGAUGUCGGUGUCCACCACCGGGCGGGAGGAGGCGUGGAGAGGGGUGGCGAAGGCCCUCGAGCCGUUAGGGCUGAGGGUCAGGAGCCGGGCGGCCGACGAGUUCCCGGAUGCCGGAACCGUCGUUUUUCAAACGUUUACGACUCGCCGGAAGUAGGCGGUGGAGGGAGGUGGCUAGAUGAUCAGUUCAAAGGAGUAAAUUAAAGAGUGUAUGAAAAGAUUAGGUGGAAUUCUUUUUCUUUUCUUUUUUUUCCUCUUUUACUCCUUUUUUAAUUAAGGGGUUGGGUGGUGGGAUUUAGGAAACAUGAAUAUUGAUUAUGCAUGCUAAUUGAUGUCAUUGCAUGGAUGAUGAGAAUCAAAUGUGGGGUUGACUUUAUCUAGAAGAAAAAUGUUCAAAAAAAAAUUUAAAAUGGAAAAAUUGUAGUGAUAUAAGGAUGAUGUGGGAAUGGUUGUAGUAGAUGGUAUUGGGUUCAUCAUAAUAUUGCACCCCACUUAAAUAUGGCACGCCUAGAACAAUUUUUUUACAUUUGGAGUAUAUUUAUCAUAGUUAGUGGGGUUGGAGGGAUCUCUGAAAAGUGCUCCAAAUAUGUUGUAAUUUUUCCAUGUUUAUAUGAACUUUCUACCAUCUCUUUCGCAAAUGGUUUUCAA